UGCGACACAUUGAGGUCGGAUGCUGGUCAGAUGUCAACCUUCUACAUUGAACACAUGUAACUCAUUGAUAUAUUUGGCCCUAUAUUCUAAGAUCAUAUUUAGCGCGGUCUCGACUGGAGUGGAGAAUGUUUUUACCUGGCAGACAAGUGUUGCAGUCUGCUCUAAGGAGACACAACUGUCGAUUAUUCUCAGCAACACAGAGCUGCAGGAAUGCUAGAAAAGGACUGGUUUUGGGAGUUUAUGAAAAGGAGCAGAAUGGUGACAGCGCACGUUUCACGGAGGCUGGUGCAGCAUUCGAUAGUUACCUAUCGGGGAAGUUGAGUGAGAUGCUCUCAAUAUCUGGGCCCCCCGUCAAGAAAGGCAAGAGCCGCGUAUUUUAUGGUCUACAUGAGGACUUCUCGAGUGUGGUAGUUGUGGGCCUUGGGAAGGGCUCAGACGGGGUUUGUGGAAAAGAAAACUGGGACAGCUGCAAGGAGAACAUCAGAGCUGCUGUGUCAUCUGGCUGUCGGAUUCUGCAGGACCUGGAGGUGCCUGUAGUGGAGGUAGACCCGUGUGGUGAUGGGCAGUCAGCAGCAGAAGGGGCCUUGCUUGGCCUCUUUGACUUUGAUGAGCACAAGACCAAGAAGAAGUUCAAAGUCACUACUCGGCUACAUGGCAGUUCAGACCUCGCUGCUUGGAAGAAGGGUUUGAUCUAUGGUGAGGGACAGAACCUGGCCAGAUGGCUCAUGGAAGCUCCAGCCAAUCAUGUAACCCCAACAGUAUUCGCUGACACCAUCGAGCAGAAGCUAGCACCUCAUUCAGAGAGAGUGAUCGUUCACAAGAGAUCAAAGCUAUGGAUAGAGGCGCAGCAGAUGGAAGCGUUUCUAAGUGUGUCUAAAGGUUCAGAGGAACCCCCAGUCUUCUUGGAAGUUCAUUACAAUGGCAACCCAGACCCCGGCAAAGCACCUCUGGUGCUAGUGGGCAAGGGCAUCACCUUUGACAGUGGUGGCAUCUCACUGAAGCCUCCCUCAGGUAUGGAUGCCAUGAGGGCAGAUAUGGGCGGGGCUGCCACAGUGUGUUCCGCAAUCGUCACGGCAGCAGCUCUGAAGUUGCCAGUCAACAUCAUAGGUCUUGCUCCUCUGUGUGAGAACAUGCCCGGCGGCAACGCCAAUAAGCCAGGGGAUGUUGUCAUAGCAAAGAAUGGAAAAACUAUCCAGGUGGACAACACUGAUGCAGAGGGCAGACUCAUUCUCGCUGAUGCACUUUGUUACGCUCACGGCUUCGACCCUAAAGCCAUAGUAAAUGCUGCUACAUUAACAGGGGCCAUGGAUGUAGCGCUAGGUUCAGCAGCUGCAGGGGUGUUUACAAAUUCUGACUGGCUAUGGGGACAGUUACAUAAGGCAAGUGUCAUCACAGGUGACAGGGUUUGGAGGAUGCCUCUCUUUCAGCACUACAGCAGACAGGUGACGGAUUGCCAAUUGGCUGACCUCAAUAACAUUGGAAAAUACAGCCGGUCUGGUGGAGCUUGCACAGCUGCAGCAUUCCUCAGGGAGUUUGUGACUGCAGACCACUGGGCCCAUCUGGACAUUGCUGGGGUGAUGUCCAAUAAGGACGAGGUGCCGUACCUGCGUAAGGGGAUGUCUGGCCGACCCACCCGCACGUUGGUGGAGUUUGCAGCUGGUCUUGCCUCUUAAGCCUGAUGAGGCCACAGUGACUUCUAUGUAGUCCCAAGAUUUCAAACUCAGUGAAGUACAUCUGGUGACAAAAGUGACUUGAUUGUGUCGAAUGGACGCAUGGCCCUGGAUUGAAUUUACCGGUCUAUGCUGACCUCAGUAAAGACGAAAUGUGUUAGAAUCAUGCUGUUUCAUCCAGUUGUCAUCAUAGUUCUUAACUGUUUUGGAAUGCCAUUGUAUACGACGGUUAUGAUAUAUGUAAGGGAUAAUGUAAAGGCCGGCGGCCAUUAUCGAAAAAUAAAUCCUGAUGGGACGAACAGGACCCGACUAUUUAUUUUCCGAUAAUGACCGCCAGACUAUACAUUAUAACUUACUUAGUGAAUGAGCAACUGAGUGUGAUUGUUAAGUAAAAUAAAAAUGAGGGACAAGGGCCUUCAUUCUGUAAUCCAGAA